AUUUUAUUUUAUUUAUUAAUUUUUGUAAAAUAUUUGAAUUUUAAUAUUAUCUGUACUAGUAUUAAUAUUUUGUCUGAAUUGUUUGUUGUGCCGUUUCAAACUGUGUAUCCGACAGUUUCUAGAUCUUUUUUACACAUUUUAAUUUAUUGCCGGCAGCCAAAUAUUUUUAUUAAAUAAUUUCAGUUGGUUUAUUUAAAUUGUUGAAAAUGGCUGAAGCUGUCGUUCAUCGCAAGACUUUCCCACCAGAAACUGAUGGUUUUGAUAAAAAAGCAGUUGAACUUGAACACCUGGAGACAGUUUCGUCUCUAAGAGCUGAAGAUAGGGAUAAACCUAUGAAAAAGGCUGAUUAUCUCACUCUUGUGACUGGGCUUAUGAACGCUGCGAAUAAUCGUGAUUUUUACGGAAUGAAUCAAAUGUUGGACCCGCUGAUUGAUAAACGUCGGGUUGAAUUUUUGGAUUCCGUUUCAGCCUUGCAUUGGUGUUGCUACGCAGGCCACGUUGAGCUUGUUAACAGACUUUUGGACACAGGAUGUGAUCCUUUUCUGGCUGACCCUGUAAACUAUGAGACUCCGGUUUAUUACGCAGUUAAGUCUUCAAACGCAUACAUAAUCUCCAUACUUCUUAAACGCUUCGGACCCUUAAUUCUCUGCCACGAAAACGUCAAGUUUAAAACUCCCUUCUUAGUCGCAGUCUCAGAGUUUACAUGUGAUGAUCUCGUCGCAGUUCUCCACGUUCUUGAGUUUCUUUAUCUAUCCGGCGUCUCACUCGAUGAACAAGACAACAAUGGUACCAGUGCAUUGAUGUUUGCAUGUAAGAGGGGUCAGUUGUUUGUAGUUCAAUGGCUUUUGAGGAGAGGGGCUGACUUAUCGCACAGGGAUCACUAUGGAGCCACAGUGCUUCACUACGCAGCCUUGAGUCCAAGCUUAGAUGUCCUGCUUUUUCUGGCCCAAAACGGCCUUGCACCGCUCACUUGGAUUAAGUCUAUUAGUAACAAUGAUUACAACGGAGUGUUUGACCAAACUCCUAUGGACCUCUGCUGGGAGCAGGCAAACCACCUGAGGUAUAUGUUACUCUGGCUCUUUUGGCUUCAGUGGAAGGCCUUUGGAAAAGUUUUUAGAUUCAACAUGUUUUAUCCAAUUCUCUACUGGAUGAUGACUACGUUCAAUUUGCUCCUCGUUAUCCCCAUGUACCGAUCUCUUAAAGCUUCAACCUACUUUCCCAACUCUGUAUUUUAUUCUUGUAUUGUGUUUUUUCUCGCCACCAACACUCUCUGGAUCAUCAACAAGCUGAGUGAUCCUGGAGUCUCACCUGAUAACAAAAAGGAUCGCACAAGGGCUUUUUCACCAACCAGUGACGAUGUUGGUGGAUUUGAAGGGGUGCUUGACUCCCUUCAUAGGAGACAGCAGAUGGUAAAUUUUGAGUUUUACUGCGUAAAUCGGGAUUUGAGACGUCAUUUUAUAAGCUCCACUGGAGGAAAGUACACCAGACGGCACAAGUCAGCAUAUGCUGAUGAGGACCUUUUUGAGCCCCUAAACGAUGAGGAGUUGGGAAAUCCAUUCAUAUCUAGAGUUACUUCCUGUAACGAUGAGAUCAACAAUAUUACCACUGAGAUGAGGUCUGUAUAUCCCCAGGUUGCAGAUGAACGGUGUAACAAGAACUCAAUAGACUAUAACAAAGCAGUCUUAAACUUUGACACCACGAACAAAGUGUGCUAUACUUGCGGGAAAACCAAAGCUCUCAGAGAACAUCAUUGUUCUCUAUGCAAUACUUGCCUAUUGAGGCAAGACCAUCAUUGUGGUUGGAUAGAUAACUGUGUUGGAGCCGGAAAUCAGAGGGAAUUUUUUGUAUUUUUAACUCUUUUGGUCUGUGUUUUCUGGCACUUUUAUGUAAUCCUGUGUAAAUAUUUGGCGCAUAGGUUCCAAGGCGGAUUCAGCCUAUUUGACGUUCUCCUAUUCCUUUACGGAUUCAUUGCAAACGGAUUGAUGUUCGUCUUCGUGCUCUACCUCUGGACCAGAAUCGUAAGAUGUAUGGUAACUGAUGUUACCUACUACGAAUACCUCAAAAAGCCAAGCCAUAUCAGGGUAAGGUUCAAGGGUAAUGUUCAUGAGCGUUUCUGGGACUUUGCAGGACUAACUUUCAAAACCGCCUUUAAUAACAUUUUUAAAUUCUGGACAAAUAAUUUUGCUUAAAUUUUUA